AUGAGCCCCCACGAUGUUCUCUCGCAGGGCAUUCCCAGUGGCUUUCGUUAUUUGAGUUCUCAGUGUGAGGGCCCACCUGGAUGCUCAGGUGGGCUUCGAGAGCCAGGCAGAAGCCAGGAUGAAAGAAGACCCUCUUUCCUAAUUGCAGCUAAUGAGAGAUGGGCUGCUGAAGGUUGGUAUGAGCAAAGGAAGAAGAGGGAACUUCAAAUGGGGUUGGAGAGAGGAGCCAAAAAUCAGUUUUCCACUUUCAGCAAUUUCAUCACAACUAUCAACCAAAAGAAAGAAGGCAUCGGAAACAGAAAUUCGCCUACGCAACUUGUUAUACCCAACAUCAAAAAUGUGAGAGACCUACCGUCUAUUUGCCUCGAUGUACGACAAAAGCAGCGCAUCUCUAUAGAUACACUACCCCAAGAACUGAAAGCACCAAUUCCUCCUGAACCUUCCCUUCCCAUCCGAACCAAAACUGUGAAAGAGUUUCAGGAUGAUGUGGAAAAGGCUAAGUCAUCAGGAGAUUGGAAAGCCGUACAUGAUUUUUAUUCUACAACAUUCGAUUCUUUCCUGGAGAUAAAUGCUGCAUUUAAGAAAGAUACCAAUUCUCCAUUUAAUACCAUUGAGGACUCUGGAAUCAAUGCAAAAUUUGUGAAUGUUGUCUAUGAUGCCUUAUUAAAUACUCCUCAAGACGUUCAGAAGUCAGUCCUAAAAGGAAUAAUUAAUGGUCUUCUACAAGAAUGGAAGGGGCCCCGAACAAAAGAUGAUCUUAGAGCAUACUGUAUACUUUUACAGAAUCCUCAAUUUAGUAACACUUCUACUUAUGUCAUCUAUGCUCACUUGCUAAGACAGAUAGCAGCCUUAACAGAAGCUGACCAUCAUUUCCUAGUGCACUGGUCUAAAAAGAUUUCACAGAGGAGGUUCAAGGAGUUGGUGGACAGGUUACUGCAAUUUAUUUCUUUACGCCUGUUUCCUGCAAAACCUGAAGAGUUUCCACCUAUGGUGAAAUGUACCUGGUGGAUUCCAUCAGCAACCAAAGUCUUGGCUUUAUUUAAUGCUGCUAAUAGUCUGAUCAGUCCUCCUGUUAUUUCAUAUACGGAUUUCUAUAAUUCUACACUUGAUCAUAUUGAUCUUAUGGAAGAAUAUCAUAACUGGCAAUGUUAUGCAAAUUCUCACAGCAGGUUUUCUUUCUGUCAAUACCCAUUUAUUAUUUCUAUAGCAGCAAAAAAAGUGAUUAUUCAAAGAGACUCAGAACAGCAGAUGAUAAGUAUUGCACGGCAAAGCCUUGUGGAUAAAGUAUCUCGCAGACAGAAACCUGACAUGAAUAUGUUGUUCCUAAAUGUGAAAGUGAGGAGGACGCACCUUGUUAGUGAUUCACUUGAUGAGCUAGCAAGGAAGAGGGCAGAUCUGAAAAAGAAGUUGAAAGUCACAUUUGUAGGGGAAGCGGGUCUUGAUAUGGGUGGCCUGACAAAAGAAUGGUUUCUUCUUCUGAUUCGCCAGAUUUUUCACCCAGAUUAUGGCAUGUUCACCUACCACAAGGACUCGCACUGCCAUUGGUUCAGCAGCUUUAAGUGCGAUAACUAUUCUGAAUUCCGACUGGUUGGAGCUCUUAUGGGACUUGCUGUAUAUAAUAGCAUCACCUUGGAUAUUCGUUUUCCACCUUGCUGUUACAAGAAACUGUUGAGUCCUCCCAUUGUUCCCUGUGAUCAUAACACACUUGUAGGCAUCUGUGAUGUCACAUUAGAUGACCUAUUUCAGAUUAUGCCUGAACUGGCCCAUGGACUAAGUGAACUUCUAUCCUAUGAAGGCAAUGUCGAAGAGGAUUUUUACUCGACCUUUCAGGUUUUUCAGGAAGAAUUUGGUGUUAUAAAAUCUUACAACUUAAAGCCAAAUGGAGAUAAAAUUCCAGUGACGAAUCAGAAUAGGAAAGAAUAUGUGCAGCUCUAUGUUGAUUUUCUUCUCAACAAAUCAAUCUACAAACAAUUUGCAGCUUUCUAUUAUGGAUUUCAUAGUGUCUGUGCUUCAUAUGCGUUACUGCUGCUUCGUCCAGAAGAGGUUGAAAUUCUUGUCUGUGGCAGUCCUGAACUGGAUAUGUCCGCUUUACAGCGAAGUACCCAAUAUGAUGGCUACCAAAAAACUGACCUUACUAUACGAUACUUUUGGGAUGUAGUACUUGCAUUUUCUCUUGACCUUCAAAAGAAGCUGCUACAUUUUGCUACAGGAAGUGACAGAGUACCUGUGGGAGGAAUGGCUGAUUUGAAUUUCAAGAUCUCGAAGAGUGAAACAUCCACUAAUUGGUUACCUGUGGCCCAUACUUGCUUCAACCAGCUUUGUCUCCCUCCUUACAAGAACAAGAAGGAACUGAAGCAAAAGUUGAUCAUUGGAAUUUCAAAUGCAGAGGGUUUUGGUCUAGAAUAAAAUGAAAUACUUCAAGAACAGUGUUUUUAUGUAGCAUUCACUCUCUUCUAAUUGUGCCUUUAAGCUUUUUGUUGUUAUGUCUCUUGAUACUGUGCCAGUCUUACCCAAUUUAGAUUUUUUUAAUUAAAUAUGAAGUGUAUGUUUUUUCCUGAAUGGCAAUACAUUUACGCUUGCUUUGUCACAGAAAGUA